UCCUCCCAGUAUGCCCCGAUGUCCUUCUCAGUAUAUAUCCCAGUAUAUCUCAGUUCCUCCCAGUGUGUCCCAAUGUCCUUUCCAUAGUAUAUCCCAGUUCCCCCAGUGCAUCCCAGUGACCUUUCCAGUACGUCCUAGUGCAUCCCAGUAUGUCUCGGUGCCCUUUCCAGUAUAUCCCAGUUAUCUCCCACUAUAUCCCCGUCGCCACAUUGCUCCAAGCGCCCCAACUCUUCCUCAGUCCCUCACGCCGCCGGGGGGCUCUGUCCCACCGGAAGUACCGCUCUGCCCGCCCCUCUCGGUGCCCCGAAAAGGAAGUGGUGCCGCGCCGCCACCACUCAGAGGGCCCCGCCCCUCAUCACGUGGCCGUCCCGCCUGUGUGACGUCACAGCGUUUGCGGAAGUGCGCGGGAGAGGCGGAAGGAGCGGGCACUCUGCCACCAUGGACCUGCUGUUUGGCCGCCGAAAGACCCCAGAGGAGCUGCUGCGGCAGAACCAGCGGGCACUGACCCGCGCCAUGCGUGAGCUUGACCGCGAGCGCCAGAAACUGGAGGCCCAGGAGAAGAAAAUCAUCAUCGACAUCAAGAAGAUGGCCAAGCAGGGACAGAUGGAUGCGGUGAAGAUCAUGGCGAAGGACCUGGUGAGGACGCGGCGCUAUGUGAAGAAGUUCAUCACCAUGAGGGCCAACGUCCAGGCCGUGUCCCUAAAAAUCCAGACCCUAAAAUCCAAUAACUCCAUGGCCCAGGCCAUGAAGGGCGUCACCAAGGCCAUGGCCACCAUGAACCGACAGCUAAAGCUGCCGCAGAUCCAGAAGAUCAUGAUGGAGUUUGAGAAGCAGGCAGAGAUCAUGGACAUGAAGGAGGAGCUGAUGAAUGACGCCAUCGAUGAUGCCAUGGGGGAUGAGGACGAUGAGGAAGAGAGCGACGCGGUGGUGUCACAGGUGCUGGAUGAGCUGGGGCUGAACCUCAGCGACGAGCUGGCCACCUUGCCCCCACCGGGGGGGUCUCUGGCAGCGGGGGAGGGGCGGGCGGCUGAGGCCGCUGCCGCAUUGGCUGACGCCGACGCUGACCUGGAGGAGCGGCUCAAGAACCUUCGCCGGGACUGAGCCCUGAGCUCUGCGCCUCAAUUCCAUCGUGUCUCCCCUCCCUGGACCCCGGGCCUGACCUCAGCAACCUUCUGCCCCCGGAGAUGCCCUGCGCUGACCUCCAAACUUUGACCUGUCUUGGUGACUCGUGACCACCCCCCUCCCGGGGGGGGGGGGCUGACUCCAUUGACCUUUGACCCCACCCAAAUACUGCAGUGGGGGUAUCUCUGACACACUACAGAGCUUUCUCCCCCCUCCAGGGGGGGGGAAUCGUCCCCCGCUGGGGCUACUUGCUCACCUAAGGGGUAUUUUUCCCCCCUUCUUUGUUCCCCUCUUUUGUGAUAUUUGCUUUUCACCUCAGUUUUUUUUCCCCCUUUCUGGGUUAUUGACUCUCUUUUGGACUAGUUGCCCCCCUCUUUGCGUUAUUUGCCCCCCUCUGGGGGUAUUUGCACUCCCCCCUGGGGAAUAUUUCCCCCCUCUCCUGGGGCAGUUGAGUGGAACUGGGGCAAUAAAGGCUGCACGCUGGUA